AAAAACUACUUUAGCACCAAAAAGAAGUGAAAAAAUAGAUAAAAAAGAAAAUGCUUGGUUAAAUUUAGCAUCAACUGGUACUUUAGUAUUUGCAGAGAAAUAUGAAGGAGAAGCUAUUCAAUAUAAUGUAAAUUCGAUGUAUAUAUAUGAAAUAUUAAAGAAAGAAACAUCAUGGCCAAUUGCUACAGAUAGACCUAUGACUGAAACAGAAAUUGAAGAAGCUGUUAAAGAUGUACUUAUAGAUGAGUAA